GCUCCAGGAAAAGGGGAGCGAGUUCAUUGGAUCAAACAUGUCACAAGAGUCGGACAAUAAUAAACGUCUGGUGGCCUUGGUGCCCAUGCCCGGUGACCCUCCGUUUAAUACCCGAAGAGCCUACACCAGUGAGGAUGAGGCCUGGAAGUCGUAUUUGGAGAACCCCCUGACGGCGGCCACCAAGGCGAUGAUGAGCAUUAACGGCGACGAGGACAGCGCCGCCGCCCUGGGCCUGCUGUACGACUACUACAAGGUUCCUCGAGACAAGAGGCUGCUGUCUGUAAGCAAAGCAAGCGACAGCCAAGAAGACCAGGAUAAAAGAAACUGUCUUGGCACCAGUGAAGCCCAGAGUAAUUUGAGUGGAGGAGAAAACCGAGUGCAGGUCCUAAAGACUGUUCCAGUGAACCUUUCCCUAAAUCAAGACCACUUGGAGAAUUCAAAACGGGAACAGUACAGCACGAACGUCCCCGAGAGCCCAGCCAUCAUCCCCGUGUCAGGAAUCACAGUGGUGAAGGCUGAAGAUUUCACGCCGGUUUUCAUGGCCCCACCUGUGCACUACGCCCGGGGAGACGGUGAGGAGCAGCGCGUGGUUAUCUUUGAACAGGCUCAGUACGGCGUGCCCUCCAUGGCCAGCCACGGCACCUACCUCAAGGAUGACCAGCGCAGCACCCCGGACAGCACUUACAGCGAGAGUUUCAAAGACGGAACCACAGAGAAAUUUCGGAGUGCUUCAGUUGGGGCUGAGGAGUACAUGUACGACCAGACAGCAAGUGGCACCUUUCAGUACACCCUGGAAGCCACCAAAUCUCUCCGUCAGAAGCAGGGGGAGGGCCCCAUGACCUACCUCAACAAGGGACAGUUCUACGCCAUAACACUCAGCGAGACGGGGGACAACAAGUGCUUCCGACACCCAAUCAGCAAAGUCAGGAGCGUGGUGAUGGUGGUCUUCAGCGAAGACAAGAACCGGGACGAGCAGCUGAAAUACUGGAAGUACUGGCACUCUCGGCAGCACACGGCGAAGCAGAGGGUCCUCGACAUCGCUGAUUACAAGGAGAGCUUUAAUACAAUUGGAAACAUUGAAGAGAUCGCGUACAAUGCUGUUUCCUUCACCUGGGACGUGAAUGAAGAAGCGAAGAUUUUCAUCACCGUGAAUUGCCUGAGCACAGAUUUCUCCUCCCAAAAAGGGGUGAAAGGACUUCCUCUGAUGAUUCAGAUUGACACAUACAGUUAUAAUAAUCGUAGCAAUAAACCCAUUCAUAGAGCUUAUUGCCAGAUCAAGGUCUUCUGCGACAAAGGAGCAGAAAGAAAAAUCCGAGAUGAAGAGAGAAAGCAGAACAGGAAGAAGGGGAAAGGCCAGGCCUCCCAAACCCAGUGCAACAACUCCUCUGAUGGGAAGUUGGCAGCGAUACCCUUACAGAAGAAGAGCGACAUCACCUACUUCAAAACGAUGCCCGAUCUGCACUCCCAGCCAGUCCUCUUCAUACCCGACGUUCACUUUGCAAACCUGCAGAGGACAGGACAGGUGUAUUACAACACGGAUGAUGAACGAGAAGGCAGCAGUGUCCUUGUGAAACGGAUGUUCAGGCCCAUGGAAGAGGAGUUUGGUCCAGCACCUUCGAAGCAGAUGAAAGAAGAAGGGAUGAAGCGAGUGCUUCUGUACGUGAGGAAGGAGACGGACGACGUGUUUGAUGCCUUGAUGUUGAAAUCUCCCACAGUGAAGGGCCUGAUGGAAGCGAUAUCUGAGAAAUAUGGACUCCCUGUGGAGAAGAUAACAAAGCUUUACAAGAAAAGCAAAAAAGGCAUCCUGGUGAACAUGGACGACAACAUCAUUGAGCACUACUCGAAUGAGGACACCUUCAUCCUCAACAUGGAGAGCAUGGUGGAAGGCUUCAAGAUCACGCUCAUGGAGAUCUGAGCCCUGCUCUCGGCAGCGGCCCUCAGUGCCUUCCUCCCGGGGAGAGCCACAGGUCCUGGCCCCAGAACCCGCAGACCCACCUUGCCCAUCUCACACUUGCUGUUACACGACUGCGCUGGGGAGGGGGCGAGGCCCGAAGCCCCACCUUCUGUCCGUGCAUUUGGCCCACCCACCGGCUCCUGCUGGGGAGCCAAAGCCCCAGCCCCUGGGGAAACGGCCUUGCGCCUGUCACAUCCUUAUUUAUUGUCCACCUUUUGUUGAGAGAGCAGGGGCCCAGGCCUGCCAGGACUCUGCAGGUCACGGCUAGCUCCAGGUAACACCGUCCAGUGCCCUCCCCUUCAAGGGAAACACCGCCAACCCGGUCAUCCUGAAGAGCCCGGCAAGGCUCACUCCUGGCGGCUCCCAUCUCCAUGGCUGCAGAUUGUCUGGACAGAAUGAGCUGCUGCUCAGGACGCCCCCUUACAGUCCAGAAACCUCCAGGUUGUUCUUGGAAGGUCGUCUUGCUGAUCCCUCCAGGGGCUCCCAGCGAGUGGCCACCAGGCCUUGGACAGGACGAUGUUCAGCUUCCAUGUAAUUAGUAAGCAACACAGAAGGCGUGCCCGGCUCUCAUGUAUAUAGUGUUGAUAAUAUUGCAAUAAUAUAUUUUACCUGUGGUACGUGGGCAUGUUUACUGCCACUGGCCUAGGGGAGGCACAUCCCUGGAAACUCUGCUUUCUACAAGAGGUUUCUGCCUCUGUUUAGGAGAUGUGCUGAGCGAGGGAAGUGGCCUUUAGGGUGUCAGGUGGCUGCAGUGGGUGCCAAGACAGCUGCCCCAGUGGGCACACCCAGGGCCUCAGUCCCGGUCCAUGGAGGGGCCCCUGCACGGGCACCACCCGCCCUGGAGGCCGCUGAGUUUCUCUCCGGUGAUGUGCUUCGCCUGACUCUCCCUCCCAGCUGUCUCGUGGGAAAGGUCAGAUUGUCUGAGGCCCCAGCCCCUCCGCCUUUGGCGUUGGCAUUGCCUGAGUUCUCCGGAGAGCCGGCAGUGGGCUGCCAUCAGGGCCUGCGCGGGGCCGCUGCAGAAUUCCUUGACUGUCAUGAGGACCCUGGCCACCGUGUGGGGCCUCGCAGUUUACAAGCCCAUUCUUCAUCUCAAGUGGCCCCUUCAAAGCCCGACUGCGCUUCUGAGAGUGGUGCCAGCAGCUCAGCUUGGAACCGACAGGCCAGGGCUGCCUCCCAGGGCUCGGCCGGCACCGGAGAGGCGGGGAUCAGCCGCGUCUGCUCCCGGCUGCUGGAUGUGGAGGGAGGGAGGGAGCGAGAAUGCCUCGACAGCCCUGGCUCUUCUGAAACCAGCGUCCGGCGGACGACUGGGAGAGAGAAGGUCUUGUCCUCCUGCUGGGUGCCCUGGCAGACGAAGAGAAGAAACACUUCCCUGAACAAUCACAAGAUCACAAGCCGUCCGGGCCACUGCUCUCUUUGAGGGGACAGGAACGUGGUCUCGGGGUCUGUGUUCACCCUGUGGGUUGAAGCACUAGCUUUUUUGGUAGCCAGACAUCCCCCACCUCCCACACCAAACCAAGGUCCUGGAUCAAAGACAGCUGUUAUGUAAGGGCCAGAUUUGCCUGUAAAGCACUUUGAUGUCUUACCUGGGGGCUUUCUGUCCAAGGGCUCCGGGCCCUCCCAUCCCAUCUGCCCCUGAGGCCCAGAGCAGGAAGGAAGGGCCACUCCCACCCAGCUGUUCCUCCUUGAGGCUGCAGCAGAUUUGCAUGGAAUGGAGGGCAGGUGCAGAGCCUGGGACAAUCUCCAGGUGUGGGGAGGGGCACCUCGCUGUGUGUCUUCUGGACACAUUACCCUUCCUUGUGGUGCCUAAGGUUCAUACCCUAGAUUCAGCUCUGCUCCAAUCAAUCCUCUCCUCCUCCACUCUGACUGCCAUGCCCUGGACCAGAAUCGUGGGGACUCUCCUGGGUACCAAGGAGCCCUGCUCCAAGAUGGACAGAUGCAGUGUUGGAAAAAUACAUGAUGUACGAUGCACUCCCCAUGGUCCUCACCUAAGGGGUGGCUGCAAACAUGACUGGCAGGCAUAAUGGCGAAUACUGUUGGGCUGGGGCAUAGGACUCCAGAGUAGGAAAAGAGACAAUUUCCGGCAAUCUGACACAGGUUCCCGAGCCUUCUCUCUCCAGCCUGUGUGGGAAGAAUGUUUGCUGGGCCUGCCCUAGGCAGAGGCUGAAUUGGAGAUGCUUUUGCCUCUGUCCCCAGUCCCUGGACAAUCAUUGUGGUGACCACUGCCAGAACAAAGCAUAUGAGGUCAGUGGGGCAGACUGUCCCCUCCCAGAUCUGUCCCCAUCUUAUCACGUGCCCUCUGCAUUCUCGGUGUGCCCAUGGCUUGUCCUUCACUAUGUAUGCGAGCAGAGCUUUGAUGAGCAAAGUUGUCCAAGCAAGAACACUCCAGAGAGACAGGAAAACUUGCCUUUUCUUCUUUUUUCUGUCCCUCAAUUACACUCAAAUAAGUAGGCUUAAAAAAAAUCCAUGUAAGAUGAGGAACAUGUGAAACAAGUGUGUUUCUUUCUUUGCUUACCCAAAUUGCUUAGACUUUGUUUGGAAAUUGGGACCAACAGAAAAAUGCAGUCAGAUGUCAUCUUGGAAUUGGAUCUUAAAAGACUGAGGCACGUCCCAGCCCAGAAACUUAAGAAGCAUGAACUGAAUCAAACAUUUAUUUUCCUUCUAAUUUAAAAUUAUGAAAAUGCAACAGAAGCAAAGGGUUUGUGCCAAAUUCUAUGAACAGCCCUCUUUUAAAGACAAGCGAGGGAGAUAGAUAGAUGGACAAUUUGCUCUCGUGUUAAAAAAAGAAAAAAGACAAAUGUAACUUAAUAGUUUUGUAAAUGGGAGAGGGGGAAUCUAUAAACUAUAAAUACAGUUAUUUUAUUUUUUGUACAUUUUUAAGAAGAAAAAAAAAUAAAUAUUCAUAACGUAAGAGUAAA